AUGUCCAGCGACGAUGAGGGCGCACCCUCCGCACCCAAGGCCCCCGGGGCCAAGCCAGCCAUGUCGCGUUUCCUGCGCACCGCGGGCAGCGAUUCCGACUCGUCCGACGAUGACGAGAGUGAAAGCGAGGAUGAGAGCGAGAACAGCCAGAAUGAGGAGCAAGGGCAGCAGAGGCGGAGCCGUUUUCUGCGGACGGACCUGGAUGACGACGCGAGCGACGAGGAUGUUACGCGGGUGGUCAAGAGCGCGAGGGACAAGCGGUUGGAGGAGAUGGAGGCGUGCGGGAAGACGAUGGACAAUGCGCUAAAGAUCAACGACUGGGUCGCCAUCUCUAACGAGUUUGACAAGCUGGUGCGCAUGGUGCAGCGCCAGCAGAACGUCUCAGAGCCCAUCCCGCCUUUCUACAUCAAGCAAUUGGUCAAUCUGGAGGGCGCGCUGAACACGGCGGUGGCGAAGGAGAAGGAAUCGAAGAAGAAGAUGAAUGCGAGCAAUGCCCGCGCGCUCAACGGAAUGAGGCAGAAAGUCAAAAAGGUGACGAAGGAGUACGAAGCCGACGUCAAGCGCUUCCAGGCGGACCCAGAGGCGUUCGAGCGAGAGUACACCGCGAUCGUAGCGCCUGAGGCACCUCCCCCCGUAGCAAGAGCGAGGACAAGGAGGGCCGCCGAGAGUGAAGAUGAGAACGCUGAAGAUGAUGCGUUUACCACUGUCGGCAAGGGCGGCAAGGCGAUGGCCUUCACGCCAGAAAGCAUUUUCAAGAACCUGCAGCUUGUGCAGGAGGCUCGCGGGAAGAAGAACACCAACAGGCAAGACCAAAUCAGUAUCUUGGAGAAGCUGCUUGCCGUCGCUGUGACUUCGUACCAGCGCAUUCGUGUCCUCCUCACCCUGAUCUCCGCGCGUUUCGACUACAACUCUUCCGUCGCGACGCACAUGCCCAUCGAGCUGUGGGUCAACGCGCAGGGCGAAGUGGACCAACUGAUCGGCAUCAUCAUGCGCGAGCCGCUGUACGUGAUCCAAGAGAUCACGGAAGACUACGACGAUCUUGCGGAGCGGACGCCGGAGACGGAGAAGGACGGCGUUGUGCGCAUCCGCGGGAGCAUCAUCAGCUUCGUGGACCGCCUCGACGACGAGUUCACGAAGAGCCUGCAGAACAUCGACCCGCAUGGGACGGAGUAUGUUGACAGGCUUAAGGAUGAGAAGGGCUUGUACUGCACGAUUUGCCGGUCACAAGCGCUGUACGAGAAGAACAACAGCGAAGACCCCCUCGGUCGUGUCAUCAUGCGGCGGUUAGAGCACAUUUACUCAAAGCCGGACGCUGUCGUUCACGCUCUCGAGUCCACCGUUGCAGCCUCAGAUAUCAAGCCAUCGAUCGUCCUGGACGCCGAGGGCGAAACUUCCACCUUGAUCCACUCUCUGUGCAUUCAUCUCUACAAGUCAAGCAAUUCCCUCCUUCGUACCCGUGCCAUGCUCUGCCACAUCUAUCACUACGGCCUCCACAACGACUUCCACACUGCUCGUGACAUGCUUCUCAUGUCGCAUCUCCAGGAGUCGGUGUACUCUGCCGACGUUGCCACCCAGAUCCUCUACAACCGUACCGUCGUUCAGCUGGGACUCGGUGCGUUCCGAUGCGGCCUGAUCAAGGAGGCGCAGGCCACGCUGCAGGACAUCUUCGCUACGCAGCGGGUGAAGGAGCUCCUUGCGCAAGGCGUGCACCAGCAGCGCUUCCAGGUCCUCUCACCCGAGCAAGAGAAGGCGGAGCGACAGCGGCAACUGCCCUUCCACAUGCAUAUCAACACCGAGCUACUGGAGGCUGCGUUUCUUGUUUCGAGCAUGCUCGUCGAGAUCCCGCUCCUCGCGAGCAUCGACUCUGAGGAGCAGAAGCGCAAGGCGAUCUCGAAGCCGUUCCGGAGGUUGCUGGACUUCGCUGAUAGGCAGAUCUUCACGGGCCCGCCUGAGAGCACGCGGGACCAUAUCAUGCAGGCGAGCAAGGCGCUGCAGAACGGCGAGUGGGAGAAGUGCCGCGAUCUCAUCCAGAGCAUCAAGAUCUGGAGUCUGAUGCCUGAGUACACCACCGUGAAGGAGAUGCUUGCAAAACGUAUACAGGAAGAGGGUUUGCGGACAUACCUCUUUACGUACGCGCCACACUACACGACGCUCUCGCUCUCGUUGCUGUCCCGCACCUUCUCUCUUCCUCUCCGCGCUGUGACGUCCAUCGUGUCCAAGAUGAUCUGGACAGAAGAACUGUCUGCGUCUCUCGACCAAGCGGCCGGCGUUGUCGUCUUCCACCGCAUCGACCUGUCGCGCACGCAACAAUUGGCAUUGAGCCUGGCCGACAAGGUCAACAACAUGCUCGAGCAGAACGAGAAGGCGCUCGACAACAAACUCGGGCUUACUGCUUCGUGGAAUGACCGCGCUGACGGCGCGAAGGGCGCAAAGGGCGGUGAGCAGGCUGCCGAGCGGAGACGCGGCGGCGGCGAGAGGCGGGGCGGGAUGCGCGGUGGUGGGCGGGGCAGGGGUGCUCGCUUUGCGCAGGGGCUCGGUAACCAGAUGGCGGGCGCGCAGAGGAACCGGUGA